AUGUCGGCCCCGGAGCUCGUGCUGACGCGUCGCGCGGAGAUCGUGCACGCGCUGUGCAGCGGCGGCUCGGCCGAGCCCCUGGAGCAGGUCCUGGACCUCCUGCUGUCCCGCGGGCAGCUCCAGGAGGAGGAGUACCACAGCGUCCAGGCCCCGGGCCGGGCCCUGUACGCAUGCGCCAGACAGCUGCUGGACCUGGUGAGCGCGAAGGGCGCGGACGCAUGCGCGCUCCUCUGCGCCGCGCUCGCGCAGGCGCUGCCGGAGGGGCAGCGCGGCGACUUCACGGUCCCGGGACGCGGCUCCUCACGUGAGGAGGAGGAGGAGGAGGAGGAGGAGGAGGAGGAGGACCAGGAGGAGGACCAGGACCAGCAGCGCACUCCUACUCAGACUCUUGUGGCUCGCAGACCCGGUCUGGUGCGCGCGCUCCAGGGCUGCGUGGAGGACGCGCUGCGCGCUCUGGUCGCGCGCGGCAUCUUCGCGCCCACGGACUGCGACGACGUGCGGCUGCCCAUACACACCCCCUCUCAGCAGGCGAGACGUCUGCUGGACAAAGUCCGAUCCAAAGGAGAAGCGGCGGCGGCGCUGGUUCUGCAGGUCGUUGAUCAGAAACAGGAAUCUGGAUCUCUGAGCUGGGAGAACGUGACUCCUCCCACAGAGGUCCUGAGGUUCCAGAAGAAGCUCCGCAGCUCCGUGUCGGCUCAGUCCUGCUUCCUCAGCUCCUACGGGGGCACCGGCCACAUGUCCCUGGACGACAUCUACACCGAGGCCCGGCUGGAGCCGGCUCACGGCCACCAAGACGCCCGCGGCCCCCCGCUGGGCCUGGAGGACGUCGCGGGCUCGGCGGGGGCGGUGAACGCCGAGGCCGACACCGUGCUGGUGUCCGGGGACGCCGGCGGCGGGAAGAGCACGCUGCUCCAGAGGAUGCACCAGCUGUGGGCCCGGGGCGCCGCGCUGCGGGGCUUCCUGCUCCUCUUCCCCUUCAGCUGCCGCCGGCUGAACUCGGAGCGGCGGCGGCUGUCGGUGCGCGAGCUGCUGUUCCGGCACUGCUGCUGGCCGGACGGCGGGCAGGAGGAGGUGUUCCGCUUCAUCCUGGAGCAGCCGCACCGCGUCCUGCUCACCUUCGACGGCCUGGACGAGCUGCGGUGGGCCUUCUCGGACGAGCCGUGGCUCUGCUGCCCGGCGCAGCGCGCCCCCGUCCCCGCGCUGCUGUUCGGCCUGAUCCGGGGCUCGCUCCUCAAGGGGGUCCGCAAGGUGGUGACGAGCCGCCCGGAGGCCGUGGGCCCCGCGCUGAAGAGGCACCUCCGCAAGGAGCUCCUCCUGCGGGGCUUCUCCCCCGGCGGCAUCGAGCGCUUCGUGCGGCGGCACCACCGCGACCCGGCCGUGGCGGCCGAGGUGCUGCGGUCGCUGCGCUCCAACAGCGCCCUCCUCGGCCUGUGCCACAGCCCCGUGUUCUGCUGGAGCGUCUCCCAGUGCCACGCCGAGCUGCUCGGCCGCGGGGACGGCGGCCCGCGGACCGUCACCGACGUCCACCUCAUGGUCCUGCAGCACUUCUUCCGGCACCGGGGCCCCCCGAGCGGCGCCGCGGGGCCCGGCUGGCUGCAGGAGAACCUGCCCGCGGCGCUGCGCCUCGGCCAGCUGGCCUUCGAGGGGAUCGGGAGCAGCCGCUACGAGUUCUCCGCCGCGCAGCUGGAGACGUGCGGCGUGACCGAGGAGGACGUCGGCGUGGGCUUCCUCAGCCGCGGCGGGGGCGUGUCCUCCGCCCACGGCGCGCGCUUCGAGUUCCUCCACGUGACGACGCAGUGCUUCUUCGCCGCGCUGCACGUCGUCCUCCGGAGCGGCGGCUGCUUCCGGGCCUGCCUGACCCCCGCGAGCCGGCCGGAGGGCCGAGCUCCGGCCCCCGAGACGCCCAACCUGCAGCUCACGGCCACCUUCGUGUCCGGGCUCCUGUCCCCGCGCCACCGCGGCCUGUGGCGCCGCUGCUGCCCCGGCGCCGCCGUGGACAGGAGGGCCCGCCAGGUGGGGAGGUGCCUGUCCAAAGGCGUGCGCGAGCACUUCAAGUCCAUCCCGCCGCCCGUGCCGGGGGAGAAGAAGAGCAUGCACGCCAUGCCGGGCUUCGUGUGGCUCAUCAAAUGCAUCUACGAGCUGCAGGAGAGCGCGGUGGCGGAGGCCGCCGUGAGCCGGCUGGCGGUGGACCACCUGAAGCUGACGUACUGCGGCAUCGGGCCGGCGGAGUGCGGCGCGCUGGCCUACGUGCUGCAGCACCUCCGGAGGCCCGUCGGCCUGCAGCUCGACAACAACUGCGUGGGCGACGUCGGCGUGGAGCAGCUCCUCCCCUGCAUGCACGUGUGCAGCUCCCUGUACCUCAGGAACAAUAACAUCACGGACGAGGGGAUUCACAAACUGCUCGCCAGAGUCGUCCAGUGUGACAGCUUCCAGAAGAUAGCGCUGUUCAACAACAAGCUGACCGACGCCUGCACGCAGCACUUCGCUCACCUGCUGAAGAUGAGGCAGGACUUCGUGGCUCUUCGGCUGGGCAACAACGACAUCACCGGGGAGGGAGCGAAGCAGCUGGCGGAGGGACUGAAGCUCAACCGCUCUCUAAAGUAUUUGGGGCUUUGGGGCAACAGGGUCGGAGACGAGGGGGCGGUGGCUCUGGCCGGCGCUCUGCAGAGCAGCUCGUCUCUGGUGUGGCUCAGUCUGGUUGGUAACGGCGUGGGGAACGAGGGAGCGCACGCCCUCGCCAACAUCAUCAAGAACAGCCCGUCGCUGGAGGAGCUUUGGUUGACGGAGAACUGCAUCACCAGAACCGGAGUGGAGAGUCUGGUCGAAGCCCUGCAGCACAACACGCACAUGAAGUCAGUGUGGUUGAUAAACAAUGACCUCAGCGUGGAGGAGGUGGAGGAGCUGACACGACGGGAAUCAAGACUGAUCUUCUGAUUUUAUAUGUGCUUUUUAUAUUGCUUUAAGAGCCUUUUCUAUUUAUUGUUGGAAAUAUUUAUAUAAAAAAGCGUUUGCUGAAAUGUACCUUUUGGGUUUUCUGCUUUCAGGAAUAAAAUGCCACUUGUUGCUAAAUCCAAAUACACAAAA